AUGUCUCCCUCUUUGAAGAUAGCGCUUGAGAAAAAUACUACGCGUCUUUAUGGAAGACAAACGAAUGUCGUAUCUCGACCGAUCUUAUCUAACAUUGGACCCUCUGUAGUGGUUAUUCUCACGCCAGAACUGAAGGAUACGACGCUUGCUAACCUAUGGCGACUUUCUUUUCAUCAAUUGAGAUCCCAGUUUCAAGUAUUCGGCGUUCGUGCAAUAGCAGCACCAUGGAUAGCUGCACCACUCUUUUUAGACUCUUCGCAUUCUUUCAUUUAUAUAGCCAAUCUCGCAUGCGAAAAUCAUCAGCUUGCGGAACAAUGGAAUGCGUGGCUCCAUGCUUGGCCUGAAACAACCAAACUGAUCAAUUCUUCAUCCCUUCUAUUAUGGAACACUCGCAAAACAUAUUUGCAAGAUUUGCAGAAAGCUGGCAUUCCCGUUAUUCCAACACUGUACGUCGAGCAUAUCGAUGAAAAAACAUUAAUCAAUGCCGCAGCGUAUUUUGCUAUGUCUGACCUAAUCGUUAAGCCUCAAGUAGGCGCUUCUGGUUUCAAUAUGAUACGCGUUCUAGUAGACAGUACUGACUGCAUCUCAGUGCCAAAAUCAUUGAGCACCUUCGCAGCCGUCGCCGAGCUGACACGUUUAGGUACCGUUGAUUCGAUGAUGAUGCUACAUCCGUUUAUGACAAGUGUUGUUCAGGAAGGUGAAAUAUCUGUGUUCGUGUUUGGUGAGAAAGUGGGUCACGCUGUGCGGACCAAGCCACAGUCCAAUGACUAUCGUAUACAGUUCGAAUAUGAUGGUAUUACCACCACACUAAAGGAAAUUUCACCUGAAAUGCUUGAAUUAGUGCACAAUGUAAUCGUGGCUUGUCCUGAAACUCCUGUUUAUGCACGGGUUGAUAUAAUGCGUAAUACUGAAACAGGAUGCUUGUGUGUUAGCGAACUAGAACUUAUUGAACCUGGUCUUUUCUUGGAGCAUGCGCCCGAUGGAGGUAUGACAUUUGUGCGCGCUAUCUUACAAGGUAGUUCAAUUAAUACUAUUUGA